UAGUUUUUUAAUAACUAUAAUAUCGACUAGAUAUGGAAAAUUGUUAUCUAAUAGACUCGGAUGAGAACUAUUGGAGAAGAUCUAUAUGUAUAAGGGAAGGUUAAAGUAUGUCUGAACAAAUGUAACUUAGGAUGGUUUAUUUCAAUGUAAGAUUGCUAUACAUCUCUUAGGCCACAUCCUGCGAUCGAAACUUGAAGGAAUCAAAGCAUACUCCGAUUCUUCGGCGGCGUGUAGGCCAACCACGUUUUAAUGUAGGGUGCUACUUCGGUAGAUGGUGGUGGCAGCACAUGGGAGUCGGAAGUGGGGGGUAGGGUUACUUUAAAGGCUUAAAAGGCCUUCCAACGUCCUUGUAACACGCAGUUCUCGAAUAGAGCGUAAAAGCAAACAGUUUGAGGAACAACUACCCCGAAAGUGCGACGAAACCCUUGCCUAAAUAUUUUUUUUAUUAUCACUGAUGACUGCAACAGUAACAGUAACUUAGAUAUCAGUGUAUAUCGAAACAGUUGAAGAAGAUCCUGUGAAAUCCUUGAAUUUGUUCUGGUAACAGAUUUUCAAAGAAAGAGGAAGUGUCUUCUGUCUUCAAUUACGUAGUAAUUUUACAAGCUUCUUAAUCGAGUGGUUAGUGUACAGUUUGAGUGGCAUAUCUUUGAAAGGUCAGUGCAACAAGUAAACUCAUAAGAAAUGAAAAAGGGAAGAAGCUCGCACAUACUUGCGACGUUCCUUUUACUGGUGUAUUUUGUAUCGCCAUCCUCCACUUGGGCGCUCACCACCUUUGGCAAAACUAAUCCACAGAAUCAAAAUCAAAACCCACCACCACCCCCUACGCCAGUUGGGAAGGCUCGCGAAUGCAAAUUAGAGUCUGAUUGCGCUGGUAUACAAAACACAACAUGUGUGUCAGACCCUCGAGAUGGAAAAACUCGUUGCUUGUGCGGCGAUUAUUCUGCACCUCAAAAUGGCGCGUGCACCAACAAAUUCAAAGCAUUGCGUACUCUAUGCAACGACGAUUCUGAAUGCGUAGAUGGUGCUAGUUGCACACUACUCGCCAAUAGCACGUCUGGAAAACGUUGUUAUUGUCGAGAUGGAUAUUACGAAGAAAGUCCUUUACUUUGUAAUGGAAGUGCAGCCAUCUUUACAUUUCAUACGACAAUUCUAUUAGCAAUUCUAAGUCUCAUAAAGGGAAACGUUAGUUUCUUAAAUACGUUAUAAAAUUUCCAUGUAUUAAUGAGAAAAAUAUUAUGAAAUAUUAAUUUACUUGAAAUUAUAUAUAUAUAGACAUAUAUGCUAAUUCUUUCAAAAUAUCGAUCGACUAAAACUACGAUACUGUAUUUAUCGAUAAACAUGGCGAAAUUAAUACGAUCACACAAAGCCAUAUACUUUUUAGGUAAUAUUUUGUGUGCUUAUCUUUCGCCUCAAUUAAUCAUUCUAUCCAAUUAAGUAUACUUUCUAUUGGACUUCGGCAUGUAUAUUUAAUAUUUUAACAUUUCAAUAAAAAUUGAAAAUAUUUAAAUGAAGAAACGAAAAUUCUUGCACGAAUUAGCCAAAUAUAAAAUUGCGAACUUAAAAUUUCACCAGUGAUCGUACUGAUUAGGCCUCGUCAGUAAAAACUUGUUACUCUUAAACAACAAUAUUGUACUAACAAUACGAGUAACUGUAACAACAUGAGAUUAUGCUUAUUCAGCGCAACUAACCGUACACUAUUAACAUACGUAGGAAGUAUACGUGGAAAGUAUAACAUUAUUUAUAACUAAAAUCAUAAUGUUGUAUCAUAGAUGAAUAUUUUACUCAUGAACAAUUUCCUCUUAAAAUAUUAUAGCGAGUUUUAUGUGAAUUUUAACACAAUUUCAAUUCAUACAAUCUAUCGUUAUUUAGUACAAUUAUACAAAUUUACUCUCAAUAUUUAAAUUUUUAUACAGAUACAUGUAGUUAUUACACUAUAUGUAGAAUGAGGUCAUAUGACAACUUCAAAUAAAUAUUGUGGUUAUAUACAAAUAUAAUUUUAAUUUUGCAUUAGUUUCAAUGAAAGAAUGAAUAUUUGAAUAGAAUUAUCUGUUUGUUAAAUUAUUCGGAUUAGUGUUUAAGUAUGCAUAUGUUUACUUUAUUUCAACAAUAAGAAAUUCCAUAGGAUGAGACACAAGUAUCAUUUACAAAAAAAGAAACAAAUUAUGUAUAUUAGGUGACCAAAGGUAUCAUAGCGAAAAGUAGAAGAUAUUUUUCUUAAUCCAACAAUACUGAUUACGAUAUAUAGUAAUAAAUUAUUAAAUCCUUUGACAGGAAAUACUGUACGUGUAAACGCGAUGGUGUCUCAAGAAAUACUUUGUUUUUAAUUAUAUGUUACAUAUAUUAUAAAUUAUAAUUAUUAGACAUAUAUACAUGCAACGUUCUUAUAUGCCAAUGACUCAAUUAUCAACAUGACUGUAUAAAACGAGAUAUGUAAUAAUUAUAUAGAAAUAAUUUACACUAAUUCGAAAAUCUAUCAGCACACGAAGCCGCAGGAGCGCUUAUUUUUAGCUAUAAUGCAUUUUAUAACGUUUGUAACUCGAUAACAGUACAAUAGUAAAGUGUAUAAUUUAUCUCCACUGUACAAACUUGUUACUGAUACAAACAAUUUCUGCACAAUUAAAUUAGAAUUCCUUUUGGAUACUGUUGCGUUUUGAAAAAUCAUGUUCAUAAAUUAUUUAUAACGCUAGUUUCGUUUAUUUUUUUCUACAAAAGUACUUUGAUUAUUUUAGACAAACAAAAUGCAAUAAAUAAAUUAAACUCGCUGCAAUGGCUUUUCUAAAAUAUCUUUUUUAGCGCUAUAAUCCGCGCAGAGUGUUUUUCGGGGCGCGCCAAAUAGGUGUGCAG